GUGAGAACGCCGAACUAUAGAUUAUUCCGAGGGUUAAAGGGAACAGGACGAUGAAUCGAGUGUCGAGCGAUGGAUGGAUGGAUCACAAUCAGCUGGAGCGCCAUGUUAGCCAGUGAUUAGGCUAAGAACCGAGCAUCGCGGGGCCCACAUCCACACAGGCUGACCGCUGUAUAUUGCAACGAAUACAUAGCAUUCACUGAUCGUUGUCAGAAAGCCCAUUUUUGCAUCUAAAGAACCCCAGUAUGCCUCCAAAGUUCAAGAGGCACCUCCAUGAUGAGGAGGUUACAGGAUCAGUUAAAAGUGAAAGGAGGAAUCUGUUGGAAGAAGACUCAGAUGAGGAAGAAGAUUUCUUCCUGAGGGGACCUUCAGCACCUAAGUUUGGACCAAGGAAUGACAAGAUCAGACAUGUACAGAACCAGGUGGAUGAAGUCAUUGAUGUUAUGCAAGAAAACAUCACAAGGGUGAUCGAAAGGGGAGAAAGGUUGGAUGAGCUGCAGGACAAGUCAGAGAGCUUAUCAGAUAAUGCCACAGCCUUCAGUAGCAGAUCAAGACAGCUAAGGAGACAAAUGUGGUGGAGGGAAUGUAAGAUGAAAGCAAUUAUAGCACUGGCUUUUGUCAUCAUCCUACUAGUGGUUCUUGUUCCCAUUAUCCUAAAGUAUCGCUCCUAACUUUCUCGUCAUUGUCAAGAGCUUCUGGAGGUUCUGAUUCUUGCAGCAAACUGUACAGAACUGUCGGUUAUAUUUGUUCUCUUGUUUUAACCCCUCUUCUCCCUCAGGGCUGCACAGUGUAUUGUUUUACACUUCUAUUCCUUGCAAAUCAAAGAGAAAAAGUCUACAUUCCUUGUGGAAUAUUCUUACGGAAGGUAGUUGUGUAAAUCAACAGGAUUGGCUGGAGCACCGUGCAUUCCCGAGAUUUUCUUCAACCUAAUUUAUUAUUCAUUGACAAUUCAUUAUUUUAUGAAAUGACUGUCCAGAAGGGAAAAAACUGGUUCUAUUCACACUUGCAUUUCGGUAAUAGAAUAAUUCUUCCUUCCCGUGGGUUUGGUUAGCCUCAAUCCAAAUAAGUGUAUUUUAUACCAAUGCAGAAUUUGCUUUAUAUUUGUUGCUGUAUCAAAGCCGUGGCAAUGUUAAAGACAGAGCAUAACACAGCUCCCUUUGCUGUUCUUGGAACCAUCUAUCCCCACUAAAGACAGAAGAAAUUAUUAUAUUGUGCAAGAGCUUGCCCUCAUAUCUGUUUUGCUAUCCUCCCAUACCUGUGGGAGCAAGUAUAUAUUGUCUAUCAUCUAAAGAUGUUAAAACAAUUACUACCAGCUGUCAAUGUUUUUUGGCUUUCCCUGCUUGUAAAAAGCAAGGUUUAAUUAUAGAGGCUUUUUUCUA